AUGAAAACUUUCACUUCGGAAGGAGGAAUGGCAAGUAGAGUUCCCACUGCAGCAGUUUCCGAAUCAGGGAUGUUAAAUUACUUUUGUCUCAGAAUUAGACCCAUUUGUUACCCUUUUUGGAAUAGUUGGGGCAGAAAUGUAAUAAAUAAUAGGCUGCUCGAUCUGCUGUUCCGGCAAGCAGCCCUUUCGCUCGUUCCCUUGGGGCUUUUUGGGGGCCAACCUGUUCCAUAUGAGCAGCAGGAGCAUAAGCCCCCCGUGUUCGCAAACUCUCAUGUAAGGGACCUACUUUCCUUCACACUAUACCUUCCGGAGUGCUUAUGGAAUAUCCUGUUGAGUGGGUUUGAUGCUAAUAAAACAGGAAGGAGCCCAGCAGCUCCCCUUUUUCGGGAUAAAGUAACGAAAUAUGGUAGGAAUAGAUCUAUAUAUGUAUAA